AAAAGACAAUGGCAGAAAUCAGAAGAAAACUCGUUAUUGUUGGUGAUGGUGCCUGUGGUAAAACUUGUUUAUUGAUUGUCUUUUCAAAGGGUACUUUCCCUGAGUUUUAUGUUCCCACCGUCUUUGAGAACUAUGUUGCAGAUGUUGAGGUGGAUGGAAAGCACGUUGAACUCGCCUUGUGGGAUACAGCAGGCCAAGAAGAUUAUGAUCGUCUUCGACCCUUGUCAUACCCUGAUUCUCAUGUUAUCUUGAUCUGUUUUGCUGUUGACUCUCCCGACUCUUUAGAAAAUGUUCAAGAAAAGUGGAUUUCUGAAGUCCUUCAUUUCUGCCAAGGUUUACCUAUACUUUUAGUUGGGUGUAAGAAAGAUUUGAGAAAUGAUCCCGCAACCAUUGAAGAACUUCGAAGAAAUUCACAACAACCUGUUAGCACUCAAGAGGGUAACCAAGUAGCUCAAAGAAUCAAUGCUUAUCGAUAUCUUGAGUGUUCCGCCAAGACCGGUGAAGGUGUUCGUGAGGUAUUCGAACAUGCUACACGAGCUGCAUUGAUGGUCAGCAAGAAGAAGAAGUCUAAAGGCUGUGUCGUUUUGUAAACCAAAAAAAGAAAAAAAAAAAAAAAAGAAAAAAAGAGAGUACUCACCACUCACUUCCACUUACACACACACACACACACACAC